AUGUUUAAUCCGUUUCGAAAAGUUAUUAUUAACACGCUAACUAAAGCUAAUUUAUCAAAAAACCACAAAUAUUAUAAACUAGUUCGUUAUUACAAAAAAAGUUCAAGCCCGAUUUCUGAUGUGAAAACCAUUGAAGAACUUGAAGAUAUUACUUCAUACAACAGAACAUCACCAACUUUGAGUGCUUUUGCAGAACGCUUAAAGAUAAAAUUUUCAGAUCCAAAUCUCCUCAUACAAGCAAUUACUCAUGAAUCAUACGAAGAUGAAAAUUUUCCUUCGAAUUCAAAACUUGCAAUUUUAGGAAAUAAUUCACUUGGUUUGUAUGUUACCGAAUAUUUUCAUACGAAAUAUCCGCUUGUACCAUUACAAUAUCUACAAAAAAUCAUUUCUUUGUAUUGUGGAGUUGAUACUUUAGCUACCUUUGGUCAAGAAGUUGGACUACAACAUGUAGUACGUUUUAAAAAAACAACACAAGAAGAAAUAUAUAAUUUGGAUCAAUCGGAUAAAGCAUAUUUAGAAAAAAAAAAAUCAUGGAUGAAAACUAGUUUAAGACUUACAGUUACUAAUUCUUUAAAAGCUAUAAUUGGUGCUUUAUAUUUAGACAAGGGGCCUGAUUCAGCUAGAAAAUUUAUUCAUGAUUAUUUGUUAACUAGAGAUAUAAAUGUGCUUGAUAUUUAUGACGUUAAAGAACCAAAAAGAGAAUUAUCAGCUUUGAUGAAAAAAUUAAAAAGAGAAAGUCCAAUAUCUAGAUUGAUAUCAGAAACAGGUAGAAAAUCAAACGCACCUGUAUUUAUUAUUGGUGUAUAUUCUGGAAUAGAUAAAAUUGGUGAAGGAUUUGGAAGUAGUAUAAAAAUGGCAGAAUUUAGGAUAAAGGAUUUUACACUACCUUCAACUAUAAAUACUUCCCAUGAAGAAAAAAAGUAUUUACCAACAAAAAUUGGUGACACUCCUGCAAAAAUUUGA